AGCCGACUGCUGGACUGGUGAGGUGGUUCCAGAUUCUCGCGUACAACAAUAAUAUUAAGUUAAUUAUUUAACACUAACAACAAAAGUCAAUAAUGGUCAAUACUUAAAGUAUGCAAGCACAACAGCUAAUAGCUAUUACAGCAUAAGAGGUGUUGAGCUGAUUAAAAUAAUUCUUGAAUACUAAUAGCGGUUGCCUUAAAUUUUCGUACAAAUGGGAAAGGAUCAACAUUUACUUGAGGCAGCGCGUAAUGGCGAUAUUAAAACUGUUGGCAAAUUGCUGGAACUGACAACCAAACGGCAUGGCCCACUGUCCAGUUUUCGUCGCAGUCCCAACAUCAAUUGCCAAGAUGUCAAUGGUUAUACCUCAUUGCAUCACGCCUGUCUCAAUGGACACAGCAGCAUUGUGCGUCUUCUUGUAGCGCACAAAGCACAGGUGGAUGUGCCCGAUAUACGGGGCUCGACGCCGCUCUUUUUGGCCUCCUGGGCUGGCCACCAGGAUAUUGUGAAAAUGCUGCUAUUUCACACACCCGUGCCGGCGAAUCCCAAUGCCCAGACAAUUGAGAACGAGACGCCGCUGCAUUCGGCCGCCCAACAUGGACACAACACUGUCGUGGCCAUACUCUUAUCCUUUGGCGCUGAUCCCAGCAUACGCAACAAUAGUUUUCAGACAGCCCUCGAUUUGGCCGCCCAAUUUGGUCGCCUCCAAGUGGUGCAAACUCUGCUCCGCGUAGAUCCUGAUCUAAUAUCACACUAUCGCCGUUAUAUGGAGGAUGAUGGCUCCGAAAUAUUUGGCUCCACCACACAGUAUGCUGCUACGCCCACGAAGAACUUCUUCACGCACUCUUGCCUGCAUCUGGCCAGUCGCAAUGGGCAUAAGAAGGUGGUGGAAGCGCUGCUCGCAGCUGGCGUUGAUGUUAAUAUACUCACAAAUUCGGGCAGUGCACUUCAUGAGGCAGCACUUUGUGGCAAGAAGUCGGUGGUGGUGACGCUGCUUAAAGCUGGCAUCGAUAUAAAUGCCACCGACGGCAAUGGACGCACCGCACUCGAAAUACUCACCGAUUAUCCGCCCCACGUCACCUAUGAAAUUGUCGCAGUAAUCAACGAAUUUAAGAAUUUGGCAGAGUCGCAGCUGUUGCGCUCGAAACACACGCUGCUGGUGAAUAAUCUGAACAUGGAGAGUGGUACGAGCUCGCUGCCAAAGCGUCUGUUUGAAAAGAACGCACAGCGACCGAAGCUAGCGAAACUUCAUGAACUGAGGAAAAAGCACGUACCAUCAAUUGGACUUUCGCACUCUUUAAGCUCGCUAGAUAAUUACACAAGACCACCGGAAAAUUAUUUGGAAAUGAAGCCGAUCAAGUAUCAAAAGUCUGUCAACGAUAUGGAUGACGCACUGUAUGCCAGCCAGGAGCUAUGGACCACAUAUAAACCGGUCUACAAACAGGCAUAUCCAAGUGCCCUGUUGCAAACUACCAAUAACUUCUCCAAUGGUUCUAUACCCUCACGUUCAUACGAGUAUAUCAAUCUAAUCAAAACCAACUCCAGCAGCGAGGAGAGAAGCACCAACAGCAGCUCUGUAACUUCGCAUAGACCUAUCACUCAGUACGUGGAAAUGUCGCUGCAAUCUCCAGUUCCCAUGCCUCGAACGCAUGUCAAUUUAAUGUCCAGGGAAAGCGACAUAUCAGCAACUGGCAUUGAUAACAACAAUAAUAAUAACAAUAUCAAUAGCAAGAUCCAUCAUCACUCGCCCACACCGGAUUAUCCGCCGCCAACAGUGAUCGAGGCGGAGGCCACGAUCUUCAAUUUCAUGAAACCUGUGUCACCACGUUUGGCUAGAGAUUCGACAGGCACCACAAACUCCUAUUGCUCCGAUCAGGUGGAGGAAUUUGUGGGCGACAUCCCAUUUGCUGGACUCUUCAAAGGCUCUACCUUGAAUUUGGACAUGGUGGAUGGGCGUGGUUCUGUGGCACGUGAGCAUUUACGUUCACCCAGCAUGGUGAGAUCUGUGAAUGCUCUAAGCCAUCGCAGAAGUCUCUCCAAGCAGCGUUUUUCGGCAACUGGCGAGGAUUUUAGUGCUUCACGAGUCUGGGCCGAGAUUGAUACCAUAUUCGAGCAUAUUGGCAAUGAAGUGCUUACGGUGGAACAGGAACAGGAGCAGCAGCAGAAUAAAAAUGAGAAGGAUCGACAGCAGGAGGAGGAGGAGCAAAAGUCAAGCGAGGACUCCCUUAAUAACUCUCUAGAGGAACCAGAUCUGCGACAAUCUCUACACAUACGUAAUCCCGCCGAGCUGCUGUUGGGCAAAUCCGAGAGUCUUGCCUCAAAUUGGUGUCAUUCUCCUUAUACGCUGGUCUAUGGGGAAAUACGCUAUUCUGUAUUUUAUCUGGGCUCAACGGUCAUUCGGCAAUUACAGGGCACAAUUUCGACUCGCAAGUCUAUACAGAAGCUGAAGAUCGAUGAGAACUUAAAGCCAGCAUCAAGUGUGAGUGACAUUAGUCUGCUUGAAAACUGCACCACAUCCACAAAGUAUCUCAAGGCUGCCAAUCUGCAGACGCGUCUUAAAGUGGACAUUGCAGCCUCCUGCCUGGGGGUCAAGUUCAUAGAUCACGAGACAAAGACUGCCAUUUGCUCGCAUGAUAUUGAGAAUAUCAAUUGUGUUUGCCAGGAUGCGGAGGAUAUGCGUUAUUUUGCCUAUAUAACCAAAGAGCAGGAACUGCAUUAUUGUCAUGUCUUUAUGGUCGAUAAUUUGGAACUGGCCAAUGAGAUAAUUCUGACUCUUGGCCAAGCCUUUGAGGUGGCUUACCAGUUGGCGCUAAGCAGGCAAAACACAUCCCUGGUCCUAAAUAAUGAGUGCUAAAUUCGUGUGCCACUAUGCAUUAUGCCAUUAAUGUUUAAUUUCUCAUUUGAAUGUAUAUUUGACUUACUAGUCGUUGAUGCCAUCACUAAGCUGUCAUUAUGUAAAAUAAAUCAGCAUUUGUAAUAGUAUUUUUUUUUUACAUUUUGCAAUAAAAAAUAACGAACAAA